CAAAGCUGGAGGCUAGCCUGUUAGCUAGGAAAUUACCGGUGUCUGUGAUAGUGUCUUAGACAUUUGCAAGUUGUCCAGGCGAUGGGUACAUAAACGUAUAUGUGUCUAUGGCUCUGACUAACGGACAGGAAGUUUUUCAUACGCGAGAAGGGAUUAGCUUUUAGCGUUUACCAUUGAGUGAACUAUCUUGAUAUUGAAUCUUCUUUGGUCACGUGACAGACAGCGCCGCUGUGGUCACCUGAUUUCUGUUGUGCUGUUGACACAGGAAUAUGGCUUCCCACCUGUCGUACGGGAGAGUUAAUUUAAACAUUUUGAGAGAAGCAGCACGAAAAGAGCUUCGAGAGUUUUUGGACAAGUGUGCAGGAAGCAAGGCUAUAGUUUGGGAUGAAUAUCUGACGGGACCUUUUGGACUGAUAGCUCAGUACUCUCUACUCAAGGAGCAUGAAGUCGAAAAGAUGUUCACCCUCAAGAGUGGGAGGCUCCCCUCUGCAGACGUCAAAAAUAUCAUCUUCUUUGUUCGUCCCCGGCUGGAGCUCAUGGACAUCAUUGCUGAGAAUGUAUUCAGUGAGGACAAGAUGCAUUUGGCACGAGACUUCCACAUAUUGUUUGUGCCUCGGCGGAGCAUGCUGUGUGAGCAGAGGCUGAAGGAGCUGGGCGUGUUGGGCUCUUUCAUCAAUAUCGACGAGUACAUCCUGGACCUGAUUCCCUACGAUGGGGACCUGCUGUCCAUGGAAUAUGAAAGUGCUUUCAGGGAGUGCUACUUAGAAAAUGACCAAACAAGCCUUUACCACACAGCCAAAGGUCUCAUGACCUUACAGGCGCUGUAUGGCACCAUUCCACAGAUAUAUGGGAAAGGAGAAUGUGCACGGCAUGUUGCCAACAUGAUGCUGAGGAUGAAGAGGGAGUUUGCUGGCAGUCAGAAUCAGAUCCUGCCUGUGUUUGAUACUCUGCUCCUCCUGGACCGUAAUGUUGACCUGCUCACCCCUCUGGCCACGCAGCUCACCUACGAGGGUCUUAUUGAUGAGAUCUAUGGGAUCACUAAUGGUUAUGUCAAGUUGCCCCCUGAGAAGUUUGCACAGAAGAAGCAAGGUGAAGCGAGUAAAGAUCUACCCACAGAGCCCAAGAAGUUACAGCUCAACUCGGCAGAGGAACUGUACGCAGAAAUACGAGACAAAAAUUUCAACGCUGUUGGAGCAGCCCUCAGCAAGAAGGCCAAAAUCAUCUCAGCUGCCUUUGAGGAACGCCACAAUGCCAAAACCGUGGGAGAAAUAAAGCAGUUUGUGUCUCAGUUGCCUCACAUGCAGGCGGCACGAAGCUCACUCGCUAACCACACCUCUAUAGCAGAGCUGAUCAAAGACAUCACUACAUCUGAGGCCUUCUUUGAUAAUUUAACAGUGGAGCAGGAAUUUAUGACUGGAGUCGACACAGACAAGGUGAACACAUAUAUUGAGGACUGCAUCGCUCAAAAGGAUCCGCUGAUCAAGAUUCUACGUCUGGUGUGUAUGCAGUCAGUGUGCAACAAUGGCCUCAAGCAGAAGGUGCUGGACUACUACAAGAGGGAGAUUCUCCAGACCUACGGUUACGAACACAUGCUCACAUUGAACAACCUAGAGAAGGCAGGUCUUCUGAAGCCACAGACGAGCUCCAGAAAUAACUACCCCACUAUUAGAAAAACCCUUAAACUGUGGAUGGAAGAUGCCAAUGAACAGAACCCCAACGACAUCUCCUAUGUGUACAGCGGCUAUGCCCCACUGAGCAUACGCCUGACCCAGGUCUUGGCUCGGCCCGGGUGGCGUAGCAUCGAAGAGGUGCUGAAGAUGCUUCCAGGCCCACACUUCGAGGAGCGACAACAGCUGCCUGCCGGGCUUCAUAAGAAACGCCAGCAGGGGGAGAACAGAACAACGCUGGUGUUCUUCCUCGGUGGAGUGUCGUACGCAGAAAUAGCCGCUCUUCGUUUCCUCUCUCAAAUGGAAGAUAGCGGGAUGGAGUAUAUUAUAGCCACCACAAAACUCCUAAACGGUACAACUUGGAUCAAAUCCCUCAUGGACCGGCCGGAGUCCCAGACCCCCUGAGUAACCUGCACGCACACCUGGCCACAUCAAACACCCCAUCUGUCGGACAGACCUCAGCUGCUGUUUCUUUAUGUCCAUGUCAGUGUACUGCAGGUGUUUCAUUGAUGUCUGCGCUGGUUAAACAUCCACAAGCUCUUUAAAGGUGCCCAGUGGAGUUUUCUUGUCAACAAAGUGUGACUGACUUAAAUUAAUUUCCCUCUUUAUCACAUUUGCAAACCAUUUUUUUUAUGAUUUAAAUGUGCCUCGUUAUAUCCAUGUUUUUUCUAGCUUGCUUAUACUGGUGCUUUCCUUCACUUCUCUGCACAGCACCACCAACAAGCGUUGAUCAGUCGAAUAGUAUGAGACCUGAGCAGGAAAGUGUCACCUGCAGCCUCAUGCAUAAACAUACAGAAGCCCCGGAAGUGAUGUGUCGAGCAUAUUAUUUCCUCUGUUUUCCCAUCUCUUUUUUUUUAUCAAAUCUUAUUUGUUUUUUCAAGGUCACAAGUUGUUUAUGCCAUUUUCACAGGAUAACAAAUGUUGUUCUCGAGAAAACAAGAUUUGUUAUCCCAAGAUAACAAGAGAACAGAAGGGUGAUUCGUCUUACUCCUUUCAGCUAAAUGUUUAUUUGAAUCAUACAGCAGUACCAUGCCAGCAGGCAUAAAUUGCAUCUUAAGAAGUGUAGCAACUGAUUUAAGUUGAAAUGUUACAUUAAGGAGUGGCAAAAAAAAUAAUUUAUAAAGUUCAUGUGGUUUGCUUUCAGACUCCCAUAAUGCACCCCACAGAGCUCUGUGUGUGUAAUGGUCUACUCUUAUGAAUCUUAUGAAGUUGUUGUCUUGUUACUUUGGGAAAACAUUUGUUAUCUCAUGAUAAUGACAUAAACAAGGUUUGUUUUCUUGAGGUCUCAAGAAAAUGUCCUCAUUAUCUCUGGAAAACAACAAUUGUUAUUCCCCGCUAAUGAAAUAAAUAACUUGUGAUCUCAAGAAAACAAAUAGGUUAAUCUGUAUUCAUGGGACAACAGAGGAAAUAAUAUCUUUGACUGCUUAGCGCUCUCCUAUUAACAAAAUGCUGACCCAUGUGCAAAAGUCAAAAAACAACAACUCCACAGGGUACCUUUCCUUUUUACAGUCCUUUAUUUGCACCCAGACAAUACAAUAUAACGCUGGUUUAAUGUUACUGUUCAUCCUGCAUCUCUGUCCUCUCUACUAUGAAGCUACUGUAUAUAUGUAUGUAUGAUUAAAACGUAUGAGAUGAUUAAAGAUGCACUUCCACAGUGUUUGAAAGCUU